GGCUGUGUGUGGGCUGUAUGGCGCUUUGUGAUUGGCCGCGCAGGUGCACUAAUUCUCCAGUUUCAUGUGACUGCACCUGUGCUGCUCUACCUGUCUGACCUGAAUCCGGCAGAAAACACAAGUCACGCCUUCAGGUACGCUGCGUCUCAUAGCGGAACUUCCAGGCUAAAUAACACGGCUAGUUCCUCGUACAAACAAAUGACCUGUCCACUACUUAUUUUUUGAUGACUCGAACUCAUGCAGAAUUAAGUGUAGAUUCGAGAAGAAAAAUCAGCUUUGGAGUGGAAAUAUGGGGUCUGAUGAGGCCUACAACUUUGUUUUCAAAGUGGUUCUUAUUGGAGAAUCCGGUGUCGGCAAAAGCAACUUGCUGUCACGGUUCACCAAGAACGAGUUUAGCCAUGACAGCCGGACGACCAUCGGUGUGGAGUUCAGCACAAGAACUGUGCAGCUGAACGGACUCACUAUUAAAGCUCAGAUCUGGGACACCGCUGGAUUGGAGCGAUACCGUGCCAUCACCUCUGCAUAUUAUCGAGGAGCAGUCGGAGCUCUGCUGGUUUAUGAUAUUUCCAAGCAUCUGACGUAUGAAAGUGCUGAGCGCUGGCUGAAGGAGCUCUAUGAUCACGCAGAUCCACACAUCGUUGUGAUGCUGGUGGGAAAUAAAUCAGACCUGGCAGCCGUGCGCUCCGUUCCUACAGAGGACGCCAAAGACUUUGCAGAGAAGAAUGGUCUUCUGUUCAUGGAAACCUCAGCUCUGGAGUCAGUAAAUGUGGAAGCAGCGUUCAACACUGUGCUUGCAGAAAUCCACAAGAAGGUGAGCAGCAAAGAAGUGACCCGCGGCUCCAUCAGUGCAGUCACGUUGUCUCAACCAAAAACUCCAGCAGAAACCCAGGAGGAGAAGAAAACCUGCUGUAAAAACUUGUGAAAGAGUGAUUCAGAUAGAAUUGAAGUCAGAAUUAUUAGCCCCCCUGUAUAUUUCCCCAAUUUCUGUUUAACAGAAAGAUUUCUUCAGCACAUUUCUAAACCUAAUAGUUUUAAUAACUCAUUUCUAAUAACUGAUUUAGUUUAUCUUUGUCAUGAUGACAGUACAUAAUAUUUGACUAGAUAUUUUUCAAGAUGCUAGUAUUCAGCUAAAAGUGACAUUUAAAAGCUUAAAGGAGUUGUAGGUUUUUGACUCUUUUAAAGCAUAAAAAUACCAUAAUAUGUUUGCUGAUAUUUAAGAAACAUGCUGAACAUGUUUAUCUGAAAAACAAUGCUGAAGUCAGAUAUUCUGCUUUAAAUGUGCGUUAUGUGCUGGAACGUCUGUCUUUGUUUUGGUUCUUUUAACCCGCCUAAUGCCACUUUAACCACUUAUUUUUCAGCAGCCUGGGUUGCCUUGGUGGAAAACAAUGUAUUACAUUCAUGACCGAAAUGCGACCUCCGGUGUACUGUAGCAGACUCCAAAAUGAGACGCAGAUUCUGAGAUCCACAUGAGGUGGAUAUUAUUAGCAAAUAAUGUAAAUAUUACGGAUGUAAACAUUAGGCGAGCAGGUUACAUUGUAAUCGUGUGUCCUAACAACAUGCUACAUGACAAGAUUUGCAGUGAUAAGCAGUUUGGCUGUUUGCACCAGACGAAACGUGACAGAAAUUUAAAUACAGCCAUUCAGAAGCACAGAAUAUGCAGUCACUGUACUCCAACGAAAUGGUAAGGCUUACAGUCUAAUUAAUACAUAUUAAACCUCUUUAACAUUAUUAAAUGUAGAUGCUGAAUCACCGAUAUGUGUUUGUUUUGAGACGGUUCUAAAGUUCACUUUCAUACAGUUAAUUUUUAAGAUCUGAGGUGAACUAUCUGCUGCUGCUUUCAGUAAUAAGGCAAUAAAUGUCAUGUGAAAUGCCCUUCAAACUCACAUUAUUAGCAUUUAACUCUGAAUAAAGCACAUGAGGUGUAUCUGAGGUGUUAGUUUUCUGUUGUUCAGGUGCAAGAAAUAGAAACUGUUUCUAAUAUAUCAAUUUGCGGUGUUGGUUAAAACAAAACAUUCUUUUAAUAUGGAAAAUAUUCCUUCUAUCUUGUGCCGCUGCUUUUAUUUAGAACACAAUUUGAACCAGCCUUAAAUGCCUUAAAAUCCUGUUGAUGUUGUCAGUCUGGCAACCUGCGCUUGCGUGUUUUGAACCAGGAGUGGGAUAUCUAGUUCAACCACUGGGUGUCAAACUUACACACUGCACCUCUAACUAGGAUUUUUAGGCAAGUCAUUGUAUAAUGAUGGUUUGUUCUGUAGACAAUCGCUAUUAUUACUUAACCGCUAAUAUUGCUUAAGGGGGCUAAUAAUAUUGACCUUAAAAUGUUUUUAAUUAAAAUUAAAAACUGCUUUUAUUCUAGCCGAAAUAAAACAAAGAUGAUUUCUCAAGAAGAAAAAAUAUUAUAGGAAAUACUGUGAAAAUUUCCUUGCUCUUUUAAACAUAAUUUGGGAAUUUAAAAAAAAAGAGAGAGAAAAUUUUCACAGGAAUGCAAAUAAUUCUGACUUCAACUGUAUAACGUUGCUAUCGUACAGUAGAGAUAUCACUGAGAAAAACCACAACUUAAUCCAUUUCACUGACUGACAUAUAGCCAUAUCUGUGUUCUUAAAUAUUAUAUCAUAGUCAAAAGGCAUUUUAAUGCUUGUAGGUUUUGACAAAAAUUAUAGAAUGCAUUUGAAUCUGUUUUCCCUUCGUGUUUCCUGUCAGUAGCAGAUUUUUGUUUUUAUUAUUUAUGAAAUAUCAUGCCAAACUUCACAUUUUUGGUUUGUUUUUACUACUCUUAUAGCAGAUACUUUAUGAUAGUCUUCCUCAAUGAUAGUUGAGAGUCUGGAGAAACUUCAUCACUUUAAUUAAAAUGUAAGAUGGAGAAAAGAGGAUCUUUAUUUCAUUCACUUGACUGAUUGAUUCAGCAUGCUUGAUGUCGUUAAUUGAAUAAAACACAGAUUUACUUUAUUAUUUAAGGAUAAUCAGCACUGAAUCAGUAUUUUUGAGCUAUCGAAAAUCUAUAAAUUAUGUACAUACGCAAAGUUUUAUUUAAAAAAAAAAUCACAAUGUCAUUAUAAUCAUUUCAAUAUGAUCACUGAUGCUGGAAUUAUUAUUAUUAUUAUUAUUAUUAUCAGUUGCGGUUGUUAAUGCAAUAUGAUGAAUAUGCAUCCUGUUUGUCAUGCAAUAAGAAUUAAAGCAGGAGUAUGAAAUGUUUCUGAUUUUAUUUUCCACAAUGAGUUGUAAGUGCAGAUUCUGAAAUGUUUAACAUCAGUAACCAAAUAAUGAAAUAAACUGUAUUUAUGAA